UAAUGGCAGUCGAGAACGGCCUCCCCGAUGGUUUGUGCUGUUGACUGCAAUGGCAGACGAGGUGCAGCAGUUUAUCGAAGACAACGACCUCAGUCACAAAGUGGCGGGGCUGUUGCGCUCUUGUUCCCCAUUGGUGCAACGAGUGGUGUUAGAUCAGGGCAGCCUAGCGACCUGCCGGGAUCCCAAUGCCGGCUGCGUGGGACGCAUCCGGAAGGCCGAGAAAAGUGCUUCUUCAACUUUUGUGGCGCCAAGCAGGGAUGAGGUGGAGACAUUUAUUGAGGAGAAUGAGCUCAAUGAACGUGCCGGCGAAGCCCUGCGAGGUGCAGCACCAGCAGUGCAGCGGCAAGUGCUCGAGCAGGGCAGCCUCCUCAGCUGUCGAGAGCCCAGCGCGGGUUGCAUCGGGCGAAUCAACAAAGCCCAAAAGACGAUGGAUCCUGCACUCCUAGCAAUCCCUCACAUUAGCGGGCCAUCAGUGGAAGAGUUGGAGGACUUCAUUCAUGACAACUCCUUGGAUGAGCGAGCUGCCUCUGCCUUGCGAACUGCUGCUCAAUGGUUGCAGCGCCAGGUUUUGGACCAGGGCAGCUUGCACACCUGCCGUGAUCCAAAUGCUGGCUUGAUGGGGCGUAUCCGUCGUGCGCAGCAGCCUUCGCAGUUUUCUGUGCAGCAGGCUUCAGUGCCACCACGAAAGGAGGUUUUCAAUGCCUUCCCUGGGCAAACUGCUCCAACUGCUCGGGACAUCGAGAGGUUUAUUGAAGAAAAUUGCUUAAAUGAGCGUGCAGCAGACGCUUUAAGAAGUGCUGACAGCCCCGUGCAGCAGCAGGUACUUGAUCAAGGAAGCCUCCAUGGUACCCGCGAGCCAAGCGCUGCCUGCAUUGGGCGGAUUUCAAAGAUUCAAAGGAAGGCACGCAAAAGGGGCUGGGGCUCGCCGAGCUUAGAUGAUGUCGAAAGCUUCAUUUAUGAAAAUCGCUUGGACCAGCGUGCAGCAGCAGCUUUAGAACGUGCGCCGCCUGUGGCCGGAACCUGAUUGCGUGAGGUGACACAGAGAAGGCAGUAGAUGCAGGAGAACACGGACCUGAUUGCACAUAAAAGCUCAUUCUGAUUCAAACAUGAAGUAAUAUCAAGUAUCGCCAAAGUAACCAAAGCCAAUCAACUUGGAUGUCCAU